AGGUUGUCUUUGGGUCAGUCACGGUCAGCCAAGUGUCCCAAACCCUUUUCUUUUCCCCUUUGUUUCCGCAAUCUUCAUUUCAUUUCAAUUUCAAUUUCAUUUCAUUUCAUUUCCCUCUUUCUGCAACGAUUAGGAGUUGCUCUUGGUGUUUCGACUCAGCAAGAGCCAUUGUUGGUUCGCUAGAUCCCUGAUCUGAAAAUGAGCGCUUCAAGGUUCAUUAAGUGCGUCACCGUUGGCGAUGGUGCCGUCGGAAAAACCUGCUUGUUGAUUUCCUACACCAGCAACACUUUUCCCACGGAUUACGUGCCCACGGUUUUUGACAAUUUCAGUGCUAAUGUUGUUGUGGAUGGAAGCACCGUCAACCUGGGAUUGUGGGAUACUGCUGGUCAGGAGGAUUAUAAUAGGCUACGACCCUUGAGCUAUCGAGGAGCUGAUGUCUUUAUACUUGCCUUUUCUCUUAUAAGCAAGGCUAGCUAUGAAAAUAUUGCAAAGAAGUGGAUCCCUGAACUAAGACAUUAUGCCCCUGGUGUUCCAAUAAUUCUCGUUGGAACCAAGUUAGAUCUUCGGGAAGAUAAGCAAUUUUUUAUGGACCACCCUGGUGCAGUACCAAUUACUACAGCACAGGGAGAAGAAUUAAGAAAGCUGAUUGGUGCUCCUGCCUACAUCGAGUGUAGUUCAAAAACGCAGCAGAAUGUGAAAGCUGUCUUUGACGCUGCCAUCAAAGUGGUUCUUCAACCACCAAAACAAAAGAAAAAGAAGAGAAAGGCACAGAAGGCUUGCUCAAUAUUAUGAUUAAGAAUCAGAAGGCUUGCUCAACAUUGUGAUUAAGAAUCAGAAAUUAAUAGGAGGUAGUGAAUUUCGGCCAACCUUUAAUGCUGCCUCUCCAUUGGUUUGUCUUGUUUUGUUCCCUAUCCUCUGUAGCGAGAGCAGGAAGCUGUGUAUAGUUUGGACUGACAUCUUAGGCCUUAUAAUCACAUGAUUACUUCCUUGUCUCAUUUCAUACUCUGUAAUUAAAACUAGCUCAAUUACAUAGCUCAGUGUCGACCUAUUUCCUUUUAUUAUAUUAUAUGUUAGUAGCCUGCAAAAAUACUGCUUGCUUUGUGAAUGCGGUCAUAUUCUUCAUAUGGCCUUUGUGAUGUUUUCUAUGAAUUCCUUUAAUGGUUUUGGCCAGUUGUCGCACAUUUUAAGGUUUUUAAACUUAUCUGAUGUUGUUUCUGAUUGAAGGAUAAGAUUUCAUUUUGGACCA